CCACUAUCCGUAUUUACGGAAAGAUGGCGGUGCAAGCGGACCGUGGUGUCCCACUGAGUACGCUUUCACCCAAGUUUCUUCAUACCAACUCCACCAGCCACACCUGGCCCUUCAGCGCCAUAGCUGAGCUCAUCGACAAUGCCUACGAUCCAGAUGUCAGCGCCAAGCAGUUCUGGAUCGAUAAGACCAUGGUGAAAGGGGAAGCCUGCCUCAGCUUUAUGGAUAAUGGAAAUGGACUGGACCACGAAACGAUGCACAAGAUGCUCAGCUUCGGUUACAGCGACAAGAUUGCUGUAAAUGGUCAAGAGCCAAUUGGAAUCUAUGGCAACGGCUUCAAGUCUGGAUCCAUGCGACUUGGCAAAGACGCCAUCGUCUUUUCCAAGUCGAAGAGCACCUCCUGUGUCGGGAUGCUCUCUCAGACCUACCUGAAGGAGAUUGAUGCCCAGCAGAUAAUUGUGCCUAUUGUUUGCUUUGAAGAGAGGGAAAAAAACAAAAUCUCUGUAAGAGAGGAACACAAAGCCAGUCUGCAAGAUAUUCUGCUGUAUUCCCCUUUUAACUCACAAGACGAACUGCUGGCCGAGAUUAACGUCAUCGCUUCGGUCUGGUCCAAAGAGAAAACCGGCACACGGAUCAUCAUCUGGAAUCUCCGCAGAACAUCUUCAGGAGCAACAGAGUUUGAUUUUGAGACAGACAGGUACGACAUCCGAAUUCCAUCUGAGGUCUACGAGACAAUGAACGAUCCUUCUCAGCUUCCAGACAGGAGCACAUCGUACAUCCCUGAGACUGUGUACUCACUGCGGGCGUACUGCAGUAUUCUGUACUUGAAGCCUCGGAUGCAGGUCGUGGUACGCAGUCAAAAGGUGCAAACUCAGCUCAUCGCUAAGAGUUUGGCCUUAAUACGCAAGGACCACUACAAGCCCAACUUUCUGAACAAACGCAUCACUAUAACUUUUGGGUACAACACCAAAAGUAAGGACCAGUAUGGUAUAAUGAUGUAUCACAAGAAUCGGCUCAUCAAAGCCUACGAACGUGUGGGAUGCCAGCUUAAGGCUGACAACAAAGGAGUCGGAGUCAUUGGGGUCAUAGAAUGUAACUUUCUGGAUCCUACCCACAACAAACAGAGCUUUAAUGAAACAGAUAAAUACAGGAAAACUAUAAACAAUUUGGGGAUCAAACUGGAGGAGUACUGGAAAGAAAUGCGCUUCCGCAGGAGCAAAGAAAAUCCAAACACCACCAUACCAGUGGAGGAUACCAAGAAGCGACCAGAUCAGAACUGGGUCCAGUGUGAUGAUUGUUUGCGCUGGCGGAAACUCCCUGAUGGAAUUGACUGCACCAAGCUGCCACCAAAAUGGUUCUGCCGUAUGAAUCCUGAUCCUCAGUUCAGGAGCUGCCUGGUAGAGGAGGAGCCUGAGGACAGUGAUGAUGACCAGCCUUCAUACUUCAAGACCUAUAAACAACAAGAGAGGGAGGACAAAAGGAAACAAGAAAUUAUGAGACAAAAGGCUGAGGAGGAUCAAAGGCGUCAGGAAGAGCAGCGUGCAGCUAACCUCGCCAAGCAGCGACAGAUACAUUCCAGAACUGUCCAUUCCCCUUCUGCUCCCACAACCCCGAGGAGUAGGACGCUCCAAGGAGGCGCUGCAAGGGCUGAAUCCUCCAUGCUGAGCUCCUCCACCAUUUCACAAGCUGCCUGCAGCCCCUCCAGCACCAGUGGUCUUCCUGUUAUUACUAGUGUGUGCUCACUGUCACAGAUCCUGGGGGGGAAAAGGCCAGGAUCUGUUACUCCACAAAGCACGCCUAAAAUGCGGAGAAUAGAUCUCAACCAUGGGAGCACCUCAGAUAUACUCUCGUCAGUAGAUGUGAUCCCCUUGAGAUCCCCCUCUGCGCCUGUUGAUAGUGGUGAUGAGACUGAUGAUGACAUCGUUAUCUUGGAGGAAGAUAGCACCCCAAAGCCAAACCCGCCUGUUUUGGAUAUUAGUAAAGUGAAGAAAGAGGAAGACGAAAGUAAUGAUAGUGUCAGCAUGCUAGAGAUUUGCAAUGAUGCAGCAAUGGAUGUUGGCUCAGAGACAAAUGCUGCAGGAACUGGUCCUGCAGGGUCUGCAGCUGCAGGAACCAGUUCUUCCUCUGUGCCCCCUGUACUAGUGUCAAGUGCUACCACCCAGACAGAUGUACCCAGCAUAAAGCAGGAAGUGGAGACACCAAGUCAGACUAACGGGGAGAAUGGAGCCACACAGAGUGUUUGUAAUAAGAGUGGUGAAGCACACAGUUCAAAUUUGGAUGCUUCUAGUGUUGAGCAAAGAGUUUUUAAGCAAGAGAGCAGUGAAGACUCUCAGAGAAAGCAGAAUGGUGACACCCACCACCUGCACAGUGAUGAAGAUGCUGGACCUUCCUGUGUUAGUGCCUAUGACAAGAGAAGCCUCCCAGCUAACGGCCUCAGUGUUACCGAGGUGCAGAAGCAACAGGACCAACUCAUGGAGCUCAUGCAGGAUGCAGCUCAGGAGAGAGACUCUUUGAAAGAGAAGGUCCAGAGACUUACCUCCGAGUUGGAAGCUGUGCAGAGCAGACUGCAGGAGGCAUCUCACAGCAAUAUUAAGAAGGAGUGUUCUCACCAAGCCAGUCAGACAGAAGUAACAGAGCGGGAGAAGGACUACAAAAGUCUAUUUGAGAAGGCCAAACAGAAAGUCAAUGAAUUGAUCAAGGACAAAGAGGCUUUGAUCGCAGCGACAGAGACAAAGCCCAAUCACAGCACUGGCCAAGGUGAAGAAGGUGACGUUGAUGAGAUCGCUCUGCAAGUUGACUCUUUGAUCCGAAGGCUGGAUCAAAGCAACAAGGAGAAUAAUGAUCUGCGCUCACAGUUGAACAGGCUGGAGGAGGAAAAAGCAAACCUGGCGGCCCAAUGUGAAGAGCUCAAGUCGAGUUUGCAGCAGGAGAGGGAAAACGCACCACCAGCAAGAAACAGCGACUCUUCUGAUCAGACACGUCCAGAGGAAGCAGGAGAAUUGACCGACUCUGACGCACAUUCGAGCUCAGAUGCAUUCAGAAGUUUGCUUGAGCUUCGGCAGAAUGUCGGCCGUCUUCUCAUCACUUAUGUGCCUGCACUGGACCUGGAGCAAGUGAAUUUUAGGUGUAAUGUCAUUGAUGAAAUCCUAGAACAGGUUCUCGCUAGUAGGGAUUCUGUCACAGGUGAGGGGCUGAGUGACGACGCAAUAAAUGAGUAAAAAAUCAUUACACUGGUGUAGGUGUAGCACUUCACCUGUAAAUAGCAAUGAAGGGGUAUUCUUAUGGGGGAAAUACAUUCAUUUCUAUUUAUUUGAGGAUGUGUUCAUGUUUACAGAAUUUUUAUAUAGAUUUGCAGCAAAAUUCAAGGUUAUUAGCUUCCUUGAGCUGUUUCUUUAAAUACAGAAAUAAAACCCCAUGAGCAAUGUAAUUGCAGCAUGAUAAGUUUUUUUUAUAGGUUGUACAUUUUUCCAGUGAAGUUUAAGCAGAAUCAUGGAAGUAAUCCAUUUGCAGGGAUGGGAAUUUUCCGCGGAUUUCAUUUCAAGUUUGAACACUUUAUUGUCGCUGAUACUCCCGCGAGAUGGUAACGACGUUAACAAGCUGUCGUUCGAUUGUAAACGGCCCAGCAAUUGGAAGUCGCUGCGCCACCGAGCCCCCCCCCCCCCAACGACUUUCCGCUGGAAUCAGAACUUGCUGAUCCCAUCCCUGCAUUUGUUGGCAGCAACCAAACAGCAUCUGAUUGUGAUUGUUUCACAUUAUCAGCGGAUUGUUUUACUAUCUGUGUGUAGCAUGUUUUGUACACAUUCUGAUAGAUAUAUUUUUAUACCUCCUGUUCAUGUGCAGUGAUUCAGUUCUUUGUUCUGGUGAACAUUUCCUGUAGGGCUCAAUGACAAGCCUUACAGUUUAAGUGAAGCAAACUGUAUCUUAACUGGAAAGCUUGCUACAAAUUUCCUCGAAAGCUGUUUGUGCUUGAUCCCGUUGAAUAAUAGGUAACUGAAUCUGCACAUUCUUCCUGCAAAUUGAUCUUCCUGAAAGAUCUAUGCCUAAAUGCCAAGUUUCAGUAUCUGAUCAGUAGCAGAUUUCUGUCUGUUUUUAAAUUGUGCUGUUUAAGUUAUUUGGCUGUGAGAUUUUUUGAAUGUAUAUAAUAUGUUAAGCUUUGUUAACGUCUCUUUUUCCAACUUGGCAACAGCAGACACACACCACAUAUGUAGACAUUUAUUUAAACAUUCAUUUAAAAAAUGUAUUACAUGGAAAUUAGGGCUUCUAAGGUUGAGGUAUCUGAAGUUAAAUUCCUCUCAGGUCAUGGCAGUUUGUUUCAGAUUUAAUGUGUCUUUCAACAGUGUCAGCAGCACAAACGCAUCUCAAAAUGUCACUGAAUCAAACAGCUUCAUUGUAUUUUUCUGUAAAAUAACUACUUUCUUGUCCAGACGAUUUCUAAACAAAAUUCCUUUUACUUUCAAACACAGUUCCUGUAACCUCAAAAGGUUCAGAUUAUUUAUUAAUACAUUUUUUUUUUGCAUUUUUCAGUUUUACAUAACGUGUUUUACAUGUCAUAGGCUGAUAUACAUGUUAUAUUAGUAGAAUUGUUAUUUUACAUUGGGAAUAUAUGAAUAGAAUAUUUUCCUUGAAGAAAAGUAAGUGGUUUGCUACAAUGCAACCAUUGCUUGCUGCAAAUAAAAUGUUUCAUACGA